AGGUGAGUGAGUGGGAGGGUGGGGAGCUGAAUGAGACGCGUAAGAUUCGCGUUUGAGAUUUUGUUUCUUUACGUUACGCGGGCUUUACGUCCAGUCCUGCUACUCGUUGUAGUGUAAUGUUUCACCUUAUCUAUAACUCCAGAAAGAGUUGGGGCUUGAGAUCAUGAAGGUGUGGCUCUUAUGAUGUGACAUAUCUUUCUGAACUGCGUAUUCUUUGCGGAAUCUUUGGUUUCAGACUAUUGUUGUCUUUAAAUCUGGGAAGCCCUGACCACUGGCCAGGAUAAUUCUAGGUUGCACCAUCUCAUGUCAAACAACCAAAUAUUCUAAGGAUUUUACGUAUCAAUGGAAUCGGUUAAAGUUACCGAGAUCGAUGCACAGAGAGAGAGGAAACUGGACACUCCAAUCUUCUUCAGCAUAAAAAUAGAGAUGGAAUGUCUGUAGAUCAUUCAACAGUGAAUUCUGCUGUCAUUUCAUUUUAUUUGUCUGAGCCAGAAUGAGUGAUGAAGAUGAGGAUAUCUUUGCUCUCACUCCCCUUCAGAGAUCCAGAUCUCAGUUGCCCAGUUCAUUUUGUGAAUCAAAGAAAGAGAAGAAGCCCAGGCGAUUGUCCUAUUCGCAGCAGACCUCUGCCAGCAAAAACAAAAGCUUCAAGAUCCCCAGCAAUGCAUCCUAUAACAAAAGCACGAAGAGAGUGGCCAAUCCAGAUGCCUUGGCAGAAAAGCCUGGCCCAUCCAAAAGAAAGAGUGGGAAUGAGAUGAGUGGUGUAGGAGGCAGCCAGAUGGGCAAAAAAGUAAAGCAGGAGGAAGACCUGGUGUGCCCCUUAUGCCAGAUGCCCUGGUACAUCUACGACAGCAAGGGCAAGUCCCGCAAAAUCCAUGCAGAUGAAUGCCUUGACAAAGACUUGUUCAGCAAGCAAGAAUGUGAGAAGGGCAUAGAGUGCAGUGAAACCCAUGAGUCCCAUUUUUGGAAUUUCUUGCACUGGAGGCUUGCAGAAGAAAGAGCAGAACAAGAACGCAUUCACAAUUCACUCUCCAGCAGCCAGGUGGAUAAAGAAACCAGGAACAAGAAUGGGGAAAAUGUCUUACCUAAUAGCAUUUUGUCACAAGAAGAUAGUUCAGCUGCAGAUGGGCUUGUCAGCAAUAUACAGCAGGAAGACUGUAAUGUGUACUUGAUUUCAGAUGAUGAAAGUGAAACAAACAGUAAGGUCUCCUUAAAGAGCAUGAAACUCUUUAGUGGCAGCCAAGAGGAGAAAACCAGUGACAAAGCAACCUUUCUUGCUAUGUUGUCUGACUCCACAGAGGAUGACUCCCAUUCUCCAGACAAACAAGAAGAUGAAAGAUUCCCUAUACAUAGUAGUGCAUGCAUGGAUGUUACUCAGAACCAGUACAGUGAUGAAGACUUCUUUGAAAAUGAUUUAGACUUGAAUUCUGAGAAAGGGGAAAGUGAAGGUGAUAAAGAAACAGUUAUCUUUAGUAGAAAUAAUUCUCCAGGAAAGUGCAGAAUUGUAAAGAGAACAGUUGUCAAUUUAGAAUUAGACAAAACUAUACAUUGUAGCAUUCCGAGCAUUAAUCCAUUGGGAGUUACAUGUAGCUCAACAAGCUCACUUUCUGAGUCAUUACUACAACCUUAUUUGAAUACAGAUAAAGUUGGAGAAGAAGGUAUAGGGCACAGUUCAGGUAUGAAUGAAGAACUGGCUGCACCUGAAAUAUUAAAGCCCUCUGAAGAUUUGAGAGAAAAAGAUGUGAGACACUGUACAGAAGGCAAUGGUAAACCACUACAAGAGCUGGCAGUACCAGGAACUUCAAAUAGAUCAGAAGAACAGAAACUGCUAGAGGAGAGAUCUGAAACCUGCACAGAAAACAGUAAAGGUGCUGUGUCUGUUGAUGUGCAGCUCGACAGUGACGAGGAUGAAAUAUUCAGUAAUCUGGUUGAACAAGCCAUGGAAAAAUAUCUUGGUGAUUCAGGAAGAGGAGAAAAAUCUCUAGAGAAAACACUUGAAAGUGUAUCUACAGCAGCUACUAAGAAGAGUGUAAGAUGUAGAAAUCAAGGUUCAUGUAAACCUUGCUUACACUUACACUUUCACAUUCAAAACUCUCCUCAGAAGUCACCAAAAAAGGGAGGUCAGACCAGUAUCCUUAAUUUCUUCCAGAGCAAAGGGAGCAAGAAGAGCCCCGAGGCAGAGCCAGUGAAUAAAUGUUCCUCGUGUUGCAAAUGUGCAUGUAAAGAAAGUCCAGAGAAGCUCAGCAGCAAAGAAGCUACCAGCAGUUGGAAAGGUUUGAUGUCCAGAAUGCAGAAGAACAGUGAAAAGCCGCCCUCAUCAAAUAGUUCUUCUUCAUCACAGCAAGAGAGCAAGCCAGACUUACAGCAAAGAAGUUGUCCCUUCUACAAAUAUAUUCAAGAUACAGAUGUUGUUGUAGAUGCAUUUUGCUAUGGCGUCUUGAGUGGUGUGAAGGCGUACUUUCUCACACAUUUCCACUAUGACCACUACAGAGGCCUCUCCAAGAAAUUCACCCAACCUAUAUACUGCAGUGAAAUAACAGGGAGACUAGUCAACUUACGACUGGGAAUUCCUCUGAAGUAUCUGCAUUUCCUUCCCAUGGAGGAACCCCAAAUUGUGUGUGGCCUGGAAGUCACUCUCCUUGAAGCCAACCACUGUCCAGGAGCUGUUAUGUUUCUGUUCAAACUGCGAACAGGAGCUACAGUUCUUCAUGUGGGAGAUUUUCGUGCUCAUCCAAAAAUGGAAUCAUACCCAGCAUUGUGGAACUGCUCCAUUGACACUCUGUUUCUAGAUACAACGUACUGCAAUGCUGUGUAUGACUUCCCAAGGCAAGAAGAUGUUAUAGAUAAGUGUGUGUCUGUUGCUACCAGUCACGUUGCUGACAACACAAAGACACUUAUCGUUGUUGGUUCAUACACCAUAGGCAAAGAGAGAGUGUUCAAAGCCAUAGCCUCUGCUCUUGACUGCAAAAUAUGGGCCAGCAGUGACAAACAAAGGACUCUGCGGUGCAUUCAGGACAAAGAGAUCUGCUCAAGGCUGACUUCAGAGAAGCUGUGUGCCAGGGUCCACGUCCUGCCCAUGAGUGACCUACAGCCCAGAAAGCUGAUGGCAUAUGUGGAGACCCUGAAGCCAAGGUACUCAGUGGUGGUGGCGAUUCGGCCAACUGGCUGGGAGCACUCCAGUGACCAGGGGCAAGGACUGGAAAAUCUUGGCUCAAAACAGUGUGGCAAUGUUUAUAUAUAUGGUAUACCCUACUCCGAACACUCCAGCUUUAAUGAAUUGAAGCGAUUUGUGCAGUUCAUCCAGCCUAAAAAGAUCAUCCCAACAGUCAAUGUUGGCAAUCCAAAUUCUCGACGGCAGAUGGAGAAGUAUUUUCAAGAGUGGCAAGAGAAGGCACGGCAUAAAGACAUUGGCUCCCUUCUCAGAAAACAACUGUGAUAGAUUUUGAUAGAAAAUUAAUUAAAGGCAAUAGUUUCUUUUUACUUCUUUCAUUAUCUUCUUCUUCUUCUUCUUCCUCUCUUUUGUGUGAGUGAGUGAGCGAGUGAGUGAGUGUGCGUACGUGCGUGCGUGCGUGCGUGCGUGCGUGCGUGCGUGCGUGCGUGCGUGCGUGUGUGUGUGUGUGUGUCUUUUUCUUUCUUCUUGUAAGCAGUUUUUAUAGACCAUUUUAUAAACUUUUUAGUGGUAAAUAUGUAAUAAGAGACAAUUUAUGCAAAUGUAUAUAAAUUAUUUUUAAAUAAAAUUAAGAGUAAUA